GGCACAGAUUCGAUCUGUUCUCUGUGUCAGCGAUAAAUUCAAAUUUUUUUUUCUCCAAGCAUAAUUCAAUGUAAUCUAGCUCUAGCAUCUCGCCUGUGAUGUUUCAAUGAACGUAUUCUUGUUAGAUAGCUUCAAUAUUUAGGUGUAGUGUAUGUUGUAUAAAAUUCCUCAUGAAAAUGCAUGAUUCAAUUAAUGAUAGGAAUAAUAAUUUCGUCAGGAGUGUACAUCCGUGUCUUAGAGAAAUGUUCUACAAGUUAUUCACUAGUUGUGGAAUAAAUGUUUUAGCAUUACGACCUUUUAUGGAAAGGGAGAGUCUCAAUAAGUUAACAUUGUCUGAUUCCAAGUAUACAUAUGCUUACAGAUUACAUGUUCCCUAUGCAACCAGGAUAUUACUUUGGGAUAUUAUUUUCAAUCCUCAUGAUUUAACUAGUGCUCCAGAUUUCGAUUUUAAUGAUGAAGCUUUUGAAGAAUUCAUACACAGAAAUAAUAUUAUGAAAUAUGUGCCCGAUUGGGUGCAUUGGAAUAUAAAAAACACUGCAUCGUUAGAAUUAGUCACUCAAGGCUUUAUAAAAUUGUUCACAGAGUUUCAGGUAAACGAACUUCAGAGAGUUGGUUCAUUUAUUUCUAAAGAGUAUGAAUUAACUAGCUCCCUUGUAAACUAUAAUGCUAGUGAUAUAGAGGUCUUUGUGGAUAUCAAUAGUACUCAUUUUUUGAUAGUACUCCAUGUCGAUAUAUCUCAACUUCCUGAAUUUAUUCAGCAUGUCAGUGAGGAAGGUACCCUUUUGAAUCCUAACCAAGAUUAUGCCUUAUUGGCAGUAUACUAUCAUGAUAAUGAAGGCAAAAACAUGUCUGUUCAAUUGAAUCUUUCUCCAAGACUGAAUCAGUUCCUAGGAAAUGAGAAUCUGUUGAAUAUACCUCCUUAUGCGAACAUAUCUCUGAUGACUUAUGUUCCACAGUUAACUCAUUUACUUCAAAAACAUAUCAAUGAUGCAGCAUUCAAAUUUCAGUUUAAGAAAGAAUUUGUUGCUAGCUUACUCAUUCUGAGGGGUAAAAGCAUUAUAGAAUAUGAUGCUUAUUUCAUGAAUCAGGUAUCCUUUCUAUGCGAAGUCAGUGGGAGCUUUUUUUUGGUGCAAGUUAGAAUGGGUGAACAAUUUCCUGAAGAAAAGGCAGUGGUAGAAAUUAUUCCAUUUCAUAACUUUUGUUCAAAACUACAGAUACCAGCAAAGAUUGUUUUUCAUUAUGAAGAGAGUCCUGAGAUUAUACCGGAUAAAAUGGCUUCUCAUUUAUUAGAUCAAUUGAAGACCUAUAUCAUCGAUCAUUUCAAAUUGCAGGUCCCUAUGAUAACUCAGUGAGUUUUCAAUGUUGUUUUAUCAUUCUGAGUUUAUAUUUUUAUAUCAUUCUAAUUUAUUUAUUUCAGUGUAGUUAUAAAAAUGUAUAAUAAAAAAAUAAUUCU